AAAUUGAUAGCACAGUUUUUCACAAAUCAAAGCAACCGAAGCGCUGUAAAAAAUAAAUUUGUCACCUCCAAACACAGCGAGCCGGCGAUAGUUUCCAUCUUCAUCCAAUUUCGGUCAUGUCCUAUGCCACACAGAAGGAAUUCUUCAAUGUCAGCUACCCCAAUGAAACCCCAAAGCUGCCGACGCGGAAACGUAGCGAUGGAGCGAUUAUGACGUACGAUUUCUGCCCGGACAAUCGAGCGUGGGCUUUGGACAAAGAAAAACGGUCUCUUUAUAUCCUUGACGUUGUUCACAAAACCCGUUUCAGGAAGGCUUUACUUCACCCGGAAGGUGAGUUCGAAUUAACUAAAGACUACUUGGUUCAUUUGGACGUUGAAGACUUGGCAGAAUACAUUCUCCGACUGCAAACGGAAAUUAAACGAAAAAAACUGAGUGUGCGCGAACUCGAAGAAUCACACAGACAGUUGGAGACAGUUCGAGGGCAAUCCAAUGACUACGCUUUCAUCCAACAACAGUCAGCUAUUCUGGAGCAGGAACGCAACGAAUUUGAGCAACAGUUGUUAGAUCUGGAGGAGGUUAUUGUCAACCUGAAAGAUCGUGCCGAUAGAUAUGACCUAUUGGCUAAAGAAAACGAACUGCUGAGAUGUCAGCUGCAGAAACAACAGAUGGGCCCUGCAGAUAAAAUUAGAUUACACAACGCAGAGGCGGAGGCAAAGUUCAACCGGAUUCAAGCAGAGGACUACGAAAAGCUCGAAGUGGAACUAAUCAUCAUGAAAACAACGUACGAGCAGCUCAGAGAGCAGAAGCGCGAACUGAAGGAGCGUCUGCAGAAGGCUCUGCUCUGUCAGACAAAGCUAACCGAGCUUAAAAGACAAAUCGCCAUUGAAAAGGACAAAAGAGAAAACAUUGAGGAAGAAAUGGAGCGCUUAUUGGUACUGUAUGACAAACAGUCCCAAGAGCUUCGACGUAAAACCAGCUAUUUGACGGAAGCUAACCAUCGAAUGGAAAGUAUUCAAGAAGAUUUGCGCUGGUCGCAAGAUCAGAUGCUACAGGCCAUAGAAGAAAACAUUGUGGAAGAAAACAUCUAUCAAGACACUACCGAGCCAACAGAAAAUAUCAGGGCAGUGAUGGAUGCGAAUACUCCAAGAACGGACACAACAUCAUCUGACGAACAGUUGGAUCUGCUGAAAAAGCAACUAGAGAAAUGUCAAACGGAAUUGGAGGAACACACAGAAAAAGAGAAGUCGUAUCAAGAUCGAAUACAAGAGCUCGAACAUGGAUUAGUUGAACAUCAAACGAGACUGAAGGAAGAGGAGAAAAAAGUAGAGCAGCAAAUGUUCGCGAUGGAGUUCUCUCGAACGCGCAUUAACGAAUUGCAGAAUGAGAUGGCGGCAAAACAGACAGACGUAGAUACCCGUAGUGGUUCGGUUGACAUCCAAAUCGCUAGCCUACAAAAGCAACUCGAAGAUGUACGGAGAGAAUUGUCUGGUAAAUCGGCCGAACUGAACACAAUUCAAGCGGAAAACACUCUGCUACAGUCCAAGGUAUCCAACUAUCAAGACAACAUUGAACGCCUUGAAGAGGCCCGGAAACUGGACCUGGAGGAGUUGGAAGCAUCCAAGAAUGAGCUAACGAAAUCAAGGGAAACAAUGGAAAGACAAUUAGUCGAACAUUCAUCAAUGCUCGAUGGUUUGGAGAUGGGUAGUCUCAAAGAACAGAACGACACUCUCCGAGGAGAAAUAUCUAAGUUAGAAGAAAAGUUGAGCAGUGCCCAAAAAUUACUGCAAGAUUUACAAAACAAAACAAGCGACCAUGAUGCUUUGCUAAAAACCAUUGAAGAUCUUAAGACGGAAUUGCAAAGCGUCAACGACUCGUUGGAGGAAAAAGAGAUGAUUGUCAAUAGAUUGGGAACUGAAGCAGAAGCAAUUAAAGUAGCAGCGCAAAUGCAAGACACCUUAGGUCCGAGGGUAGAUGAUAUACCCAUAGACAAGCAGAAUCUCACAGUAGAAAUUGAACGCCUCCGAACAGAGCUAGGUGACUGUCAGAAGGAUUUGAAACAGAAGGUGGAUGCAAUGAAUACAGACAAACAAAGUCUAGUCGAAGAAAUGGAACACCUCCGAGUUAAGUUGGGCUUUUAUCAGGAAGAAUUAGAACAAAAAGUGGAUUCUAUAGACAUUGAAAAACAACACUUGAUCGCCAGUGCAAAGCAACAUUCGAUAGACAAUGAAAAACAACACUUGAGAGAAAAUCAAGAGCAACACUCAAUAGACGAAGAAAAGCAACAAUUGAUAGACGAAGAAAAACAACAUUCGAUAGGCAAUGAAAAACAACAAUUGAGAGAAAUUGAAAAGCAACACUCAAUAGACAAGGAAAAGCAACAAUUGAUAGACAAAGAAAAGCAACAUUCGAUAGACAAUGAAAAGCAACACUUAAUAGACAGUGAAAAACAGUACUUGAUAGAGGAAAUUGUUAGCCUCCGAACUCAGUUGGCCCAGUGUCAGAAUGAAAUAGAACGAUAUCAGAAGGAGAGGGACAUUUCCGAAGAAGCAGAAGAACACGAAAAGAGUUCAAUUCAUGAUGUCAUCGAGAAAGAGCUGUGCAUCGAAGACGAAGAUGAUAUGGGUGCAGGAGAGUAUCCCGAAGAUUAUGAAUCCAGUAUUGAAGGUGCACCAGACGAUCUAGAAGAGGGUGAUGGUGAUGCAAAAACACAAAAUAUUUCUCUAGUUGACGAGGCCGAGAGAUGGUCUAUUCUGCAAGAUAAUAUACUAACCGAUGAGGAUAUAUUAUUCAUCGGAUCAUCAGAUCCGGAUAGAACCAGAGCCAUCGCACUCAAAAUCGUUCGUCAUGGAAUUAAUGCCUUAGUAAUAGGAGAACUCGACCAUCUGCACAAAGAAUUAUGUCGCGCCGUCCUUGAUCGCUAUCUCAUGUUGAGUCAAAAUGUAGCUACCAUAGAUAACGGCAUAUGCACCUGUCGCCAAAUCAUAAAAACAGUGAAAACCAUGAGAAACAGUGAAAUGAUGGGCAUGUUUGCAUUCAAUACUCCAGUGCAUGUUGGCAACCCGGUUCUGCUGAAAGAUGAAGUGUCUGUGAAAUUGCCUCCCGAAGCGAAGCCGAGAUCCAAAUCAGCCAGUUCAGGAAUACCCGAUAAUGCUCCGCUUUCUUCGAUGUUCUCCAAGCCAGCUCGAGCAGCCGUACAGAAAGCCAAUUCGAGGGUACUACUGGGGCGGUUUGAUCCUUGCAGAACACGUGAAUGGAGAGCACCAAGAACACCUCAGGAAAUGUUCUUUGCGGGUACUUUAUCCGAUGGUUCUAGACUUGUGACACGCCAGAAACGGAAUAUUUGAAAGCAAAAUUCAUAUUUUUCUGUUUGAGGCAUUUGCGUUUUUUUUUUAAAUUCUAUGAGUAGUAUUUAUUUUACUUGUUUUAUUAUUUGUUAAAACAAGAACAAACCAGAACAAAUGUUAAAACUGAACAAUUCCAAAAACAAAAUAAAAACAACGAACUACGUAAAUUUUACGCGAUUCGACGUAAUCUUUCCAUCGAACCGUGAGAGCUGGCCACUUAUUUCACAGUAUUCACGAUUCAUCAGUCAUCAAACUCAAACGGUUUAGUUUUUUUCUGUAUUAUAGUGACUUUCAACACGAUUGACUGGUUCGUCACUUUUCUUCCACAUUUCGGAAGAAUGUCGAAGUGAGUACGGAAGUUACCACUUCGGAUCGCGUCGGUCCCUAGGGGCCGACGUUGAGCUUUUUGAUAGGAAAGUGCUGACUGAAUGGGACUGACAGUUACAAAAU